AUGCCAGCCUAUAAAGAUUUGCUGGUGUUUGUAGCACUUUUUGUCAUCUUGGGAUUGUCCCAAUGCCAAAAGUUACCAAGUUUUAAUCUCCUGGAGGAGUUUCGUGUGCCUGAAUCCAGAGGAGUGAGGCAGGUAGAUGGCUCUCAACCUGAGGCUGUGGCCUACCGCAUCAACCCCUCCAUCCACCUACGGAAAACCAUGAGUGAUGUAUACCCAGAUGGACUUCCUGCUGACUACUCCGUCAUUGCAACGUUCAAGGUGACUAAGGACACUGCCCAGAAGUCCUGGAACCUGUGGCAGGUCAGUGACUCUGAAGGGCGAGACCAAGUGGGCCUUCGUUUCCAGGGCGAUACACGCUCUUUGGACUUUUUCUACACCAGUCCUCAUGGGAGCCAGAUGCUGAGAACCUUUCCUGGUGUGGAAAAGUUGUUUGAUGGAGAGUGGCACAAAUUGGCGCUGAGUGUGAAGGGCAGUGAGGUGAAGCUGCUGAUAGAUUGCCAGGAGGUCAGCGUGGAGUCAAUUGAUGAACCACGGCCGGUCAUCCGCCAAGGAUACACCUCCAUUGUCAAACGGGCUGCAGGAGAUCGCUCUGUGUCUGUGGAUCUUCAGCAGAUGGAGGUGUCAUGUGACCCUGAACAGGCCUACUCAGAGGGCUGCUGUGAGCUCUCCAACGUGUGUGGAGGUUAUGCAGAGAUUGGCCUAACAGCUGGAGGAGCAUCUUGCAAAUGUAUGCAUGGACAACCUGGAAUUCAGGGGCCUCCGGGGCCAAAGGGUCACAUAGGACUUCUUGGAAAACCAGGAGACCAAGGCAGACCAGGAAACUGGGGGAUCAGGGGAAACACAGGAGAUUAUGGCAAUGUUGGUGAACCAGGCCAAAAGGGUGAACAGGGAAUCAAAGGCGAGAAAGGAAUGAGAGGACUCUGGGGCCAAGUGGGAGACAGAGGUCCUAAGGGGCUGAAAGGAUUAAAAGGGGCAGCCGGCUUCAAGGGGGUUCGGGGACCACCUGGAGACAUUGGAGAGAUUGGGAAACCAGGAGAAGUCGGCGCCAAAGGUGACAGAGGACAUGAAGGCAUUCCCGGGUUUCAAGGAGUAAAGGGUGAAAAAGGGAUGACUGGUCCAGAUGGGAGUGUUGGUCCUCGAGGAAAGCAGGGUAUUGUGGGAGAUCCUGGAGAGAGAGGAAGUGCUGGACAGAAGGGGCAGCCUGGGAUCCCAGGAGUUAAGGGUAAAGGUGGCACCACUGGACAGAAGGGCAUCAUUGGAGAUCCAGGUUUACCAGGCAGAGACGGUGACCCCGGAAUAGAGGCGUAUCAAGGACCACAAGGUCAAACUGGGAAACUCGGACGAAGUGGAGUAAAGGGGGAGAAAGGUAUCCUGGGGCCGGCAGGAGAAAUGGGCCCCCAAGGCCGGACUGGCCCAAGAGGUUACAAGGGCUCUGCAGGGAAGCCGGGAAGACCUGGAUUUAUCGGCCCACCAGGACCCACUGGACACGUGGGUGUGCCUGGAAAACCAGGGUCCAAGGGUGACACAGGAAUCCAGGGAAUCCAAGGAGUUAAAGGUGCACAGGCAGCAAAAGGAGUAAAAGGCCCCAAGGGAAGGGUUGGAGACAGGGGUGAGCAGGGUCCUCAGGGAGGACGGGGAAAGCGUGGCUCGGAGGGUCCACCUGGACGUUCAGGUCCUGUUGGAGUGAAGGGGGUUCGGGGUGAAGGAGGACCAGAUGGAUUUCAGGGGCCUCCAGGACCACCAGGCCCAACCCUCCCGGCUCAACACGUGAUUGAGGUUUGUAAGAAAGUGGUCCUGGAGCAGAUGUCCACCUUUGCCAAUUCCGUGAAGAGGACAUGUGCUGCCGUUUGUCCUCUCUAUGGGGACGUGCCUAUGGGUGCCCCCGGUCCCCCAGGACAGAAAGGACCCUCUGGACCUCCUGGUGACCCCGGUAAUGAUGGUGAUGAAGGAGAAGUGGGUCCUCCGGGAUUUUACGGAGAGGCCGGAGAUCCGGGCCGUCAAGGAGACAAAGGUGACAGAGGAGAACAAGGUGAUAAAGGACCUAAAGGCCACGGCCCAACUGGCCACCCAGGAGAUCAGGGACCAAAGGGUCAGCGUGGACGUCUGGGAAGAGCCUUUAACGGCCAGCCAGGGAAGCAGGGUGAGAGAGGCCACGUAGGCCGGCCGGGUCUGAGGGGCCACCCAGGUCUCAGAGGGCCCCCGGGUGUCUGUCUCACCUCUGGGUGUGCCACUCUGUUGGGCACCACAAGUGGCACCAGUGGCACCAUUCGCACCAGUGGGACCAGUGGGACAAGUCAACCAGUGCCUCGGCCAACACCUCGGAGGUUGAGGAAUCGACGCCCGUAGAGGAAAACAUCAGCGUGGACGGAGAAUUGAAUUUUGGGCUUACAGGAGUAAAACACAGAUUGUUUAUGUUGAUAUGUGCUUGGUCAAAUAAAUUUAAAGUUUCAUGUAAAUAUGUAUCCAAAGUGAGAUAUGAAGAGCAAAUACUGAACUUCAAGGAAGAGUGUGAACAUGUCACUACCGCAGACACCUACUGAACAGACAGCUGAUAUUACGGAGUUUGGUAACAAUAUAUUUGUAUAAAAAUGGCCAUCAUUAUUUGAUAGAUUUAUUUAAAAUGCUUUAACAAGUUUGAGUUGUCUUUAAAAAUCUGUUCUUUAUAAUAAAAAUA